AUGGUAGCCUUUGGAGACAUAUGCGAAGACGAAAUAGAGGCUUUUCUACUUAGCCACAUAGACAUUCCUUAUUUCAGGAACAAUCCGUCGUAUAUAUCUCUUUGGCAAAGAUAUUAUUACAAAACAAAGGAGCCUGGGGUGCUCUUCUUGAUGAAAUACAAAAAGGUAUCCCAGUAUUAUCAUUGGAUAUAUGUGGAGUUGUCAAGGCUCUUUAUGAAAAAUGGCCAUUACGGAAUAUCCAGAGCAAUUCUUGAUAUGGGGAUAGCAUGCAAUGCAUAUGACAAGAAAGUUCUGAAGGACGAGAUAGAGAAGAUCCCUUUAUCAACCACGGUGUUCUCUGACCACGAGACUAGUGCAUUGAUAAAUCCAAAGGGAUUUGUUGCUCUGGGGAAGGUUUGGAACUCCUACCGGGAGACUCUAUUUUACAAUAGAGAGUUGUUUAUCCUUGAUGGAGAAGAGAUAUCAUUUGAAGAAUAUAGGAGUAGAAUAUGGAGUAAGAAGACGGCCCUUUCAUGUCCCCGAGUAUCGCAUAGAGUAGAAACGGACGUCCCAUCCCGGGAGGAGCAUUCUUUGAAUAACAAAACCAGGAUACUUUCUCGUGGUAGUUGCAGAAUUCACAACCAAGAUGGACGUAAAAGGGAAAAUAACUCCGCAGAAGUCACUGAGAAUAUUCUGGCCUCCGGACAAGAAAUAAUAAUUGAUGAUCUUAUUUAUUAUAUAAAAGAGGUGAUAGAUGAAAAGAGAUAUAGGAUGAUAUGUAUAUCCAAUGAGGUAUCCAAAGAUCUAAUGAACAGAGGAGAUCUUUUACUCCAUGAAGUAUCGAAAACAACUAUAGAUUUAAUUCAAAAGUUAGACUCAAACUAUGUUCCUCCAUUUAAUGUAAAGAAGCUAGGCUCAAGGAUGUUUUUACUCUAUGAUUUCUAUUACUUUGGAUCCCUAAAAAGUUGUUUGGAUGUUCCUACAAGUAUCAGGUCUAAUAUUGCUUUGUAUUUUAUGGCCCAACUGGCUGACAUAUUCAAUGAAAUGAAAAAGGUGGGAUUGGGAUUUACUUCCUUCUCAUUGGAAAGUUUGUGUGUUUCCGAAGACUGCAGACUUAAGAUAGUUGACUUUGAUUGGUCUCUAGAAAGUCCUGAAAUCAACUACGGGGAGAUUAUGAGAGAUUUCCUACAGCAGUAUACCAACUUUCCUACCGAUGCACCGGAUAUCACGGAGAAAAUCAGGAGUGAGCUUGAGAAGAUCAAGCUGAAAGAACUCAUCGUAAAAUACAAAAUACAUAUUUAUGAGAAGAUAUGCAAAUAUCCAUGA